CAAAAUAACCAGAGCUGGACUGGAGCUGGGCGACGGACUCAAUCAUAAUAAUAAAAAAAUAAUUAAUUAUUCAUUCAGGAAUCAAAACAAUAAUCGAUCCAAUCCAAUCCAUCUGUUCGCCGCUUUCUCUCUCUCUAUUUCUCUAGUCUGUUCUUUGCUUGCUCCUCCCGUCGCAUUUUCCUCUGCAGCUUCAGCUUCGGAAAAUUCACCAUAGCCAUUUUUGCGUCGCGGUCGAUAAAAUUAUUAUCAUUACAAGGUCAAUCUCGUAACUCUGUUUAUUUCGUUUCUAUUUUUCACCGCUUUUUUGGUUUUUCUGUUUUUCCCCCUUUGAGAAAUACGUGGGGUUGGUAUUGGCAGGGCGUGGUGGUGGGGAUUUUCUGUUCGGUGGAAAAGGAAGGCGGAACGGGAAGGGGAUUCUUGAGAUUUCUCGCCGCUUUUGGAAGAAUCGAGAAGGAAGAAAGAAUGACGAGACCGCUGCUGCUGCUGCCGCUGCCGGCGAUGCAAUUCGUCGGGCUCGCCGGCGGGUGGUGGAACGAGAUCAACGAGUCGGCUCAGUGGCAGGACGGGAUUUUCUACACUCUCUCCGGCGCUUUUGCCCUCGUCUCGCUGAUUGCCUUGAUUCAAUUAAUUAGGAUCGAAUUGAGAGUGCCGGAGUAUGGCUGGACCACGCAGAAAGUCUUCCACCUUAUGAACUUCGUCGUUAAUGGAGUACGAGCUCUGGUGUUUGGAUUUCACAUGCAUGUGUUCGGUUUGCAUCCCAAGGUCUUAACGUCGCUAGCACUGGAUCUACCGGGGCUUCUGUUCUUCUCUACGUACACCCUGCUUGUUCUAUUUUGGGCUGAGAUAUAUCACCAGGCAAGGAGUUUGCCAACAGAUAAGCUCAGGGUUUUCUACAUUUCCAUAAAUGCCGUAAUAUACUGUAUACAGGCUGUCAUCUGGGUUUACCUGUGGGUUAAUGACAACAGUGUCGUGGAGUUGAUUGGGAAGAUAUUUAUUGCAGUGGUAUCGAUUAUUGCUGCUUUAGGGUUUCUGCUGUAUGGAGGAAGACUCUUCUUCAUGCUCAGGCGCUUCCCAAUUGAAUCGAAAGGGAGAAGGAAGAAGCUUCACGAGGUUGGAUCAGUCACAGCGAUUUGCUUCACUUGCUUCCUUAUCAGAUGCUUUGUGGUCCUUCUAUCUGCUUUCGACGCAGACGCUUCCUUGUAUGUUCUGGAUCAUCCCGUCUUGAACUUGAUCUACUACACGUUGGUUGAGAUUCUGCCAUCAGCUCUGGUACUUUUCAUCCUCCGAAAGCUGCCUCCGAAGAGAGUGUCAGCGCAGUAUCAUCCGAUACGCUAGUUGCUUUUUCCAUGGUUUUCCGUAUGUUGAAUCUCCCACGCAGCCUUCAUUCAAAGCCCCUUUUCAUCUUUUGAAAGUGAUGUCGGGUCAAAGGCAAGUGGUGCAGCAGUAGCAGUUCUUAAGAAGCAACCCAGAUUUCCUUGUUACUGUAGGAAUAGGCCCAUAAUGGCGGCGGUUAAUGUUUGUAAGCGUUUGUCCACACUGCCGGCGUUUGGGUUGUUGAAGGGAAGAAGCUUCCUUUUCUUUUUCUCUCCCCCUUUUCUAUUUCUUUUUGUUGCCCUUUUCUUUGUUUCUGCCAAGGACUCUGUAUGCAGUGGAAACAGAAUUCUGUAGAAGAAAAAGUAUUUAGUAGGUUCCUGGUAUUAGGGCUUUUGUUUUGUGUUAGUUUCCGAGUGCGUGGUGGACUUUGAACAUGUCCUGGAUGGCGGUUUGGUUUGUCGAGUUCGGAUCGUGUUCAGGUUCGUUAAUUGGUGAAUCCAUGGAUGUGUUCUUUGAUAAAUUGGCCUCACAUUCUUGCAUUGAGAUCCAAACGGGAGAAAUAGAAGCUACAAUUGCCA